AUGUCGACCACAAACAACGUUGCUUUCACAGCUCCUCUGAACCCUCCUGGGGCUACUACUAUCCUGAAAACAGAGCAGAUCUGGGCAGGCUUGCUUCUUAAAAUCCGAUCGGCGCAGACGUUCGUCCCAAAGGCUAUCCAAUCCACAGCAGUCAUCUCCGAAACCCAUGACUCCUCGACUGGCAAUCCUGUAACGGUUCGCGAUGUCGUCUUCCGCGAGGACCAGCGCACAGUCCGGGAAACAGUCACCGCUUAUAAACCUUCCAGGGUUCUCUUCAGCCAGCCAAAUGGCAGCGUUGUGAACAACAUUGUCAGCGAAGGCGCUGAUGGAGAACUAUACAUGACUUAUACUUUCGAGUGGAACCAUCCUGAUGCUUCCCAGGAAGAGCUUGGAGCUCUGCUUGAAAAGGAGAAAGCAAUGGCCAGGGGAGCUGUUGAGGGAACGAUUACAAAAUUGAGAGAGCUUGUUGAGAGUGGGAACCUUUAG